GCGGGGCCGCGUCCUAUGCCAAUCGUAAAAAUGGCGAUGUCGUGGGUGGAAGAUUUGAAUGCAGCCGCGAAAUAUAAGUUCAAAAAACGGAGGAACCUCCCUUCGUGCCGCAACGCCGUCGCUCCCCGCGCGUCCCCGUUGGUCCUCGACGGCGCGCGACGAGUCCCGUGAACGCGGCGUGCGAGCGGGAGCGCGAGUCCGAGAUUUCCAGGCGGGCGUAAUUUAACGUGCGCCCGACGCGAACAACCGCGACGGAUCGUCGCGGCAGAACGCGAGGGGCUUUCGUUCCGCGCCGAGCGGUAGAAAACCGCGUGGGAUCCGCUCGCCUCUCUUUCUCUCGGAGCUCGGCGAAAUUUGAAAAAAAAGGCCAGGGCACGGGGAAACCACACGUUGGUAGCAAUGCCGCUGCAAAUGUUUGCCAUUUGUUGCCAGUGUUGAGACGCAGUAGCGCGUCCGGGCAAAGCGCGUCGUUCGCCACGGGCCGUCUUCGACGCGGUCCUCGAUGAGGUUUCUUCGCGCGAGGUGCAUCCGGCGCAACCAUGGAAGCCCUGCUGCCUUCGGAGAUCGCGCGACUGGUGCUCGGUUAUUUGGAGGAUCAGAAGUGCGCCGAAGCAGCCAAACUGUUUUUAGAGACGUCCCCGCAUCUGCAAGAAUGCCGCACGGUGCUUUCUUGCGGCAGGAGAUUCAGCACUCGAGUCAGCGGCCUAACGUUGAUGGACGUCGUCGAGAAGUUUUCAGCCAUCAGUGCUAUGAUUCAAGAACGAUUAAGUAAAGCCACUGACUGCGAGCAGUUAAAGCAUUGCGGGGAUCUAAUAGAGCAGCUCAAAUUUCUAGUGGAAGAGCCGCGUGGCCAGCGAUUUGUCGUAAACAUAAAUGUACCUUCACAGAGUAAUGCACAAACGUCGAGUGGCUCACCUGUUGCUGCAAGCAAUUUGCGCAAAAGGCACCACAGCAAUAGCGAACGUGUCAAACGUAGUAUUAAGUCCCAGUUGAACUCGGUACAACAAUCUGAUAUCAUGAGUCCACCAGCGAGUUGUCACAAUGUUGACACAACCCCGUUAGAGAGUCUGCCUGGAAAUGUUGAUUUGUUAAAGCAGGUAGAAUGCGCGGCUCAUGAAGUCGAGAAAAGGGACGACAGUUUCACGCAGGAGCCUCGCAGACAAUGUGACUUUCAUAAAAAUAAUAGUACAAAUAAUAUCAGCACGCGUAAUAGAAACAAUAGUGUUCGAAUAAGUUCAGAUGACGUCUCGAGCGUACGAAGUUGCGAAAUGGACAUUGAUGAUAAAAGAAAGGAAGAAAGCAGCGCAAUUAGUGCGAUGCCUAAGCAGUACACUACAGCCACAAGUACGGAAGAGCUAUUGAGUUUCACUAGUGCAGAGGUCCAGACUGUUCCUUACGAGAUACCCGAGUCUGAAUCCGAAUCUAACGACGUGCCUAUCGAAAAUCUCAGUAUAUUAACGAAAGAAAUCUUGAAUCGUACAGAAUUACAAGAAUGCAUUGCAGAGAAUAUCAAUAAAGCAAUCAUUCCUACAGACUUAUCGAUGAACGAGAACUUGAGCGAAUCUAUGGUCGGUGAGGGGAACACGUCGAUCAUGGCCGAAUUAAAUAAUGCUAUUAAAUCAAUCGUUGAAGCAACAGAGGCCGAUCCUGUGUUCGAAAAGUUUCUCGACGAGUUCAUUAAGCCGCAGACAGAAACGGACACGAGUCCGGAGGAAGAUGGUGAAGGAAAGCUAAGUCCGAAGUCUGUCAAUGAGGCGCAGGAGAAACAAGUGGAGGCAGGUGUGAGCAACGUUAGCUCACCGGAGCCAGUGGUAAUAGAUACUAAAGUAUCCGCGGAGGAUGGUACGGCGGACGUGCCUUUGAAGCACAGACUCCGCAGUUCUUCAAGACAGCAAUACAACAGAGUCGAGGACGAGGUCGACAAAGCGAAGGAUCAGAACGCUUUGGAAGAUCAGAACGCAGCCGCAAUAUUGAGCAUUAUAAACGCCAAUAUUAUCAAUAGCGUGUCUGACAGUGACAAAAAAUCGCUUGAUACGAAAGAACUAAUAACCGUAGAUGACGAUAAUGAACAGGAAAUGCAAACAAUAUCUACGACAAGUAAGAAUGACGCUGCAAAACCUUUAACAGCGGCCAAUGUACAGAAAACUAAUAAUGUCGCAGCAUCUGUAAAUAGUGCACAGCCCAAAGUUAAAAAAUCCACCGUAAAGCGACCGAGACCUACGAAACCUAAACGCGAGCCAACGACCAACGAUAACCAGUCCAGUUCUGUUCAGUCCAAUACAAUUCAGCCUAUAACGGAACACGAAAUCAUGACUAUGCCAACACUGAUAGUGUGUUCGAAAGACGAGGUAAAUAAUAUUUUGAUAAACCGCUCAUCGACCAUCACGUCAACUUCCACGUCGCGUUUUGUCCCGAUCGCCCCGAAAGAUCCGAACAGACUUAAAGAAACGGUAUUUCUAAGGGCGGUAAACAUAGCGCAGAAACUACCGCUAGCCAAAGCACUGCCGUCCGUGGUAGAAGAACCAAACGGCCUUGCGAACCAAGUGGAAUCGUUAGAACCGCCGGAGAAAAACGGUAACGUGAACAAACGAUUAAAAGCUGCGUUCAAAACUGACACGCCCGUACCCAUCAUCAGUAUUGAUCAGCAGGUGUUAAAUUGUCCGGCAGAACCGGUGCAGACCGAUAAGAUCGUGGGUGGCGAGUCGAUAACGCUUUAUGGAAAUGAGACCAGCGCGAAAACGUCAUUAGAAAGCACGAAUAUGCCUACGAUCAAUCUGGAGGAGAAUAUCAGCAUGUCGGAGAGCGGGCUUUCUCCGUAUUUAAAGUUCAAUUGCAAGACCAAUCAGAGUCACAAUCUUUCGGACAUUGAUUUAGCAUCCGUGAUGGAGAGCGCGGCGAACACCGCGGCGAAUAAUAACAAAACCACGCAGUCGCCUAAGAACGAUAUUAUUACUAAACGCACGCCGAAAUCCCUGUUGAAAAGUAGAUCCAAAAAUCAUAGAUUGAGUUUAUCCACGCCGCGUAAACGGAGCAGGCACGUAAGGGCCCUCGACUUCAGCACACCUACGAGAACGAGUUCCACGAGGAAAACGAACGGGGACGGAAACGCCCAGUUCACGUCGACGUCGGCGAAACGUUCGAAAUCCGUUUGUAGGACUUCGUUAUUCAGAUCGCCGUCACUUUCCAGCGCGUCCGCUCCGAAGCAGAAGAGUCCGAUGAAAGUUAGUCAGUCUUGCAGGAUCCCCAUAGCCACUAGAAGCCCCGCGCCCAAACUCAUGGGAGGCUGGGACAAGUAUAACGGAGUUGGCGUCAUCAUAGGUGAGGUGUCUCCACACGGGAGUACCAGCGCGUCUUGUUCCUCCUCCGAGGAUAGGAUCGUUCAACACAAGCCGUCCAAGCCCGUGGCGGGAAAUUGGGACGCUGAUUUACGCAAAAGUAUAGAAUCGAACAAGACGGACGAGAGAGACGAGCCGGAGGCUAAGAAGCCGGAAAAGAGGAAGAGAAAAAAUUCCAUCAAGGACAAGAACGGCAUGAUAUGUAAGAAAGCUAAAUACAGCCCGUCGACAAGAUCGGCAAAGAGUAACGACGGAAGAAAAAGUUGCGGUAGAUCGAAGGUGAACAGGAGGCGUAACGCGAAAGUCAUCGAUGAAUCGGAAGAGAAUUCCCAAGAAGACGUAAUAAUGGAACCGAAAAGUAACGAGAAAGAAAAUAUAACGAAGACCACUGUCAAUAGUGCAAGUUCCAUCGCAAACAGGUCCGAUAGACUUUCCGAAUCGACCGAUACUUGCGAGACACUGGCAAAAAUGAAUAGUACGAGCACAGCCAGCGGCAGUGCGGUAGUAGCCGAGAAGAAACCCGUGAAAAAAUACGCGCAACUAAAGACGAUAUCGACCAACGUGAGGAAGUCUGACAGCGAGAGGGAAAAGAACGCGCUGAAAGUCGCACGGAUCAAUUCGCAGGUGUCCGAGGUCUCGCGAAUCUUAUCCACGGACAAUACGCAGAACAUUCUGCGAAUGCCCGACAUGAUAAGCCUGGAGACACCGAGGAAGUGCGACAACAUAUCCGGGCCUCCGCCAACACCGAGAGUACUGAGUCCGAGUAGCAGUCUGAUCACGCCGUUUAUCAAGAUCAGCGACGACUCCUCUAAGAUACGCAGUUUCAUCACCACCCCGGAGUUCCCGAUAACUCCAGGCGUGGCCCUGACUCCGAAGGAGGAGACGACUAGAGAUAUCAUAAAGAGAGGCGAGUACAAUUCCGCGUACUACAAGCCCGCCUCCGAGCAAGCUCAGAAGUCCGAUCUGCAGGUGUCCAAGCCUAAGGAUAGCGUUACGCAGGAGUCGCCCAUUUUAUCCUCGUCGCACAUAACGUUACACUUGAUGCACAACAGUCUCGCCUCUGGCAGCGCUUAUCAGAGGACAUGUACGUCCUCUAAACUCGAGAUAACGGAGUUCGAAGUGAUUAAGGAGAAUUUACCGAGGGAAGAGGCUAUCAAGGAGUUCAAAAUUGCGUCCACCUCCAAGGAUUCGGCAGAGCUCAACGCUUCGAUUGUGAUAGAUCACCACGUGGAUCUGAUACAGGUCAACGAAUUCAAGGGUGAGCACGGAGAAACGGUAAUCGACGCCAAUUAUGCCAAUGAUUCUCACGACUCGGUGGAGAGCAGCUCCUCGUCAUCCGACACAUCGUCGUCCUCGUCGUCCUCAUCGUCGUCUACGUCCAGCAGUUCGAACACGAAUACGUCGGUGAACACGCAUUCGCCGAACGGGAAGCGCGAUAAAGCCUCGAGUAAAACGAGCACGGACAUCAGUAGCGAUUUCGCGGAGAAACGCAAGGAAUAUUAA